AUGUCUGCCCUUGAUCAUCCCAACUCCCUCGCCAGGACGCUCAACUUCCCUAUCAUCUUCCUCCUGCCCACACACCUUAGCGCCGACGAGCUAGAGGAACUCGAGGAGCAAAUUCCAACCCUAACUAAUGACAUAAACGAAGCUGAAGUCAUUCUGGGCAAGAUCUUCCGGAAGGAGCGUGCUUUGUUCGAGCUCAGAAAGCUCAAACUUGCCACAGAAGAGAUACAGCGGACGGGCGAUGAGCGCCCGACGGCAAGAUCCCCAGCUCACAAGCGCGCCAAGCUGACGAGAUCAGUUACCCACAGCUCUGGCAUCGGUUCAGACACACUAGACUCAGAUACAACUGCUUCGGUAUCCGAUGCCGAGAUUCAACGCCGCUUAGCCGGUCCAGGCCCUGCCGAGCAGACGGUCAGGGUCGUAAGGCUGGCUUGGUUCACCGAAUCCAUCAAAGCUGGAAAGGUGCUUCCUACUAGAGAUUACCUUCUCUAUGAGGGUAGAAAGCUACGCGCGGCUCCUGCAAAGCAAAGAGAGAAAACCUCUCCCGCGUCCUCGGAGAAGUCAGUUGAGGUUAUGAAGCGCGCCCGGGCCGAUGCGGAAUUUUCUCCAGGAGAAGGUUUCCGGCCACCAUCAUCUCAAGGAAGAAGGGGAGAGACAUAUUCUAGUCACCCAGUCAAGCGCCCUCCUUUGGUCAGGCAGACGACAUCAGAGCACGAGAUAGACACCCAACUACCCCCGAUCCCAGAUUAUCUUCACACCACAUACUCGUGUCAACGGCCAACACCAGUGAAUCCGCCAAACGAGUCGUUUAUAAAGGAGCUUGAAAAGAUCAAGACGGCCAGGACCCUGAUGGGUGACCGGAUUGGCGUGCGGGCGUAUUCGAGCGCCAUUGCAACCAUCGCCGCCUACCCCUAUGCGUUCAAGACUGCACAAGAGGUGGCGCGAUUACCCGGAUGCGGGGCCAAGAUCGCGCAGUUAUUUCAAGAGUUCAAGGACACGGGCCAGAUCGCCGAGGCCAAUGAGGACGACUCGAACCCCAGACUUGCUGUGCUUAAGCUCUUUUACGAGAUCUGGGGCGUUGGAGAGACGACAGCCCGGAGUUUUUACAACAGGGGUUGGCGCGACCUGGACGAUAUCGUCGAGUAUGGCUGGGAUAGCCUGACUCGUGUACAGCAGAUUGGUGUCAAGUACUACGACGAGUUCAAGCAGGGCAUCCCGCGGGAAGAGGUCGAGCGCAUAGCAAACACAAUUCUAGAGCAUGCCAACGCGCUACACCCGGGUUUCGAGAUGGUCAUCGUGGGCGGCUACCGACGUGGGAAACUGAAGAGCGGCGACGUGGAUGUCGUGCUCAGCCACCGUGAUGAAAACGCUACGCACAAUUUUGUCGAGCGCAUCAUUGUGCGUCUCGAGGAAGCCGGAUAUAUUACACACACUCUGACUUUGAGUACAGCCAACUCGGAGCGCGGCCAGAUACCGGUCAACUGGAAGGGAGACGAUCGAAGAGGGGCAGGCACCGGGUUUGACACCCUCGACAAAGCGCUAGUGGUAUGGCAAGAUCCGGUAUGGACGACAGGCGAAAAGAAGAACCCCAACCCGCAUCGGCGGGUUGACAUCAUCAUCAGUCCGUGGAAGACGGUCGGUUGUGCGGUGCUGGGUUGGAGCAGCGGUACGACGUUCCAACGCGACCUGCGGCGCUACUGUAAGCGCGAGAGGGCGCUUAAGUUUGACAGCAGCGGCAUCCGCAGCCGUGUAGAUGGGUCGUGGGUAGAUCUUGAGAGCGGGCCGAACGGCGAGCCGGCUCCCGACAUGCUGACAGCCGAGAAACGGGUGUUUGAGGGGCUCGGCCUGGUGUGGCGGCCGCCAGAAGAACGUUGUACAGGAUAG